AUGGCACGAGAAAUGCGGAGAAGCGCAAGGCUGAAAGAGGUUAAAGCCGGCCGACCGACCCCACCUGACCCCCUCUUAGUCAUGCUCUGGGAAAAAAUGGUCAUCAUCCCACCAAGAGAUCUAGAUCACGCAUUCAACCCUACGAGAUUACUCUUCGACCUUCGAUUUGGAUACCAGGUUGACAGGAUGGGCGACUCUACAGAGGAAUCACAGCAAAACCCCUCGCUCCGACAGCCGAAGAAAAGAUUUGUUGGGCGACGAACAGCAGACGCCCAGGCACAAUCAUCACCGAGCGUCCAAGAUGUGGAAUCCACAAGCAUACAAAAAGCAACUCCCCGAAGAACCGCUAGAACACUAAACCAAGUCCCCGCCUCCGUCCUCGAAGACCCCGAAAUUCUCUCCGCCAUCGACCUCCUCCCCAAGAAUUACUCCUUUGAAAUCCCCAAGACAAUCCACCGCAUCCGAACCUCCGGCGCGAAACGCAUCGCUCUUCAGUUCCCCGAGGGUCUCCUCCUCUUCGCAACCACAAUAUCCGACAUCCUCACGCAGUUCUGUCCGGGAACCGAGACCCUCAUUAUGGGCGACGUCACCUACGGCGCAUGCUGUAUAGACGACUAUACGGCGCGCGCACUAGGCUGCGACCUGCUCGUCCACUACGCCCACAGCUGCCUGAUCCCCGUGGACGUAACCAAGAUCAAAACCCUUUACAUCUUCGUCGACAUCAGCAUCGACACGACACACCUCCUCGCCACACUCGAACGAAACUUCCAACCGGGAAAGACAAUCGCAACAGUCGGGACCAUUCAAUUCAACGCAACGCUCCACGGCCUCAAACCCGUCCUCGAGCGCGCAGGGUUCAAAGUCGUCAUCCCGCAAAUCACACCGCUCUCCAAGGGCGAGAUCCUAGGCUGCACGUCGCCAAACCUAUCAAACAGCGAAAUCGACUACCUCCUUUACGUCGGCGACGGUCGCUUCCACCUCGAGUCUGCAAUGAUCCACAACCCUACCAUCCCAGCCUACCGCUACGACCCUUACUCCCGAACCCUCUCCCGCGAAUCCUACUCCCACGAUGAAAUGCACUCUCUGCGCCGCGACGCGAUCAACACCGCCAAGUCCGCGAAGAAAUGGGGCAUCAUCCUCGGCUCGCUCGGCCGCCAGGGCAACCCGAAUACAAUGACGAUGAUUGAGAAUCAUCUCCGGGAGCGCGGGAUUCCCAUUGUGAAUUUACUGCUCAGUGAGAUUUUUCCGGGGAAGUUGGCGUCAAUGGCAGAUGUCGAGUGCUGGGUGCAGAUUGCUUGUCCGCGGUUGAGUAUUGAUUGGGGAUAUGCGUUUCCGCGACCGCUGCUGACGCCGUAUGAGGCGCUUAUUGCUUUGGGGGUAAAGGAGGACUGGAAUAAGACGCAUGAUGGGAUUUAUCCGAUGGAUUUCUAUGCAAAGGAUGGGUUGGGUAGGACGAAGCCCCAGGCUACUGUUCAGGCUGUGCAGGGGACUGCUUGA